CUCUUCUCUUGAGGAUCUCUCUCUAGUCUCACUCAGCUCUCCUGAAGAUCUCCAUCUGUUUCUGAAUCUCCUGCUAAACAUGGCACCAGUCGGAUCAAAGAGGGGUGUUCUGGAGCGCCUGGACGCGGGUGAGGUGGUGAUUGGAGACGGAGGCUUCGUGUUCGCGCUGGAGAAGCGAGGAUAUGUGAAGGCCGGACCCUGGACUCCAGAGGCCGCUGCUGAGCACCCAGAGGCCGUGCGACAGCUGCACAGGGAAUUCCUGCGGGCCGGGUCAAAUGUCAUGCAGACGUUCACUUUCUACGCCAGCGACGACAAACUGGAGAACAGAGGGAACACGCUGACUUUCACCGGCCAGCAGAUCAACGAGGCCGCCUGCGAUCUGGCCAGAGAAGUAGCCAGCGAGGGCGACGCUCUGGUGGCCGGCGGAGUCUCGCAGACGCCCUCCUACCUCAGCUGCAAGAGCGAAGACGAGGUCAAGAAGAUCUUCAAGAAGCAGCUGGACGUCUUCAUCAAGAAGAACGUGGACUUCCUGAUUGCCGAGUACUUCGAGCAUGUGGAGGAGGCUGAAUGGGCCAUCCAGGUUCUGAAGGCAACAGGAAAGCCUGUAGCAGCCACUCUGUGUAUUGGACCUGAAGGAGACAUGCAUGGAGUGACACCUGGAGAGUGUGCGGUCAGACUGGUCAAAGCAGGCGCUGAUAUCGUGGGUGUGAACUGUCACUUUGACCCCAUGACCUGUGUGAAGACCGUGUCCAUGAUGAAGUCCGGCGUGGAGAAAGCUGGUCUGAAAGCACAUUAUAUGACGCAGCCGCUGGCGUAUCACACUCCAGACUGCAGCUGCCAGGGAUUCAUCGACCUGCCAGAGUUCCCCUUCGCUCUGGAGCCGCGGAUCCUCACGCGCUGGGAGAUGCAGCAUUACGCCAGAGAGGCCUAUAAGGCGGGAAUCCGUUACAUCGGCGGCUGCUGCGGGUUCGCGCCGUACCACAUCCGUGCCGUGGCCGAGGAGCUGGCAACCGAGAGAGGAAUCCUGCCCGAAGCCUCUCAGAAACACGGCGUGUGGGGCAGCGGCCUGGAGAUGCACACCAAACCCUGGGUCCGAGCCCGGGCCCGUCGUGAUUACUGGGAGCGGCUGAAGCCGGCGUCCGGUCGCCCGCUGUGUCCCUCCAUGUCCACUCCUGACGGCUGGGGGGUCACCAGAGGUCACGCCGAGCUCAUGCAGCAGAAGGAGGCCACGACCGCGGAGCAGCUGCGCCCGCUCUUCCAGAAAUCUGACGCCAAACACUGAGGAUCUGCUGCAGGAGACACGAGAGAGAGAUACGCUUCUGUCUACCUCCUUCGUUUAUAAACGCUGAUAUCAUGAAUAGCAUAGUUUACUUCAGCAGGACCAGAAGAUCUUUAGAAACCAAAUCCAAGUUUAAUCUCCCUUAAAGUGUCAUUGUGCAUUUAGAGGCGACCGAUGACAUUCUGUGUUCAACUGUCGCUGCUCUUUCUGAGCCGGAGCUUCAUUCCAGAUGUUCAGAACACUCCAGUCUGUCUCCUGAUGCUCAAUAAAAACUCGUCAUGAUCUCAAUC